CGCUCCUGUCCCGUCCUGUCCCGUGGAGAUGGCCCCAGCACCGCUGCUGCCAUCUGUGAUGGUGGUGCUGCUGUUGUCGCUGCUGAGCGUCCCUGCAACGACCCAGAUCCCGUCCAAGGAGGUGGCCGCCUGCAAGGAGCAUGGCCUGUGUCUGCACAGGACCCCAAGGGUGACUGCGGCACCUCCGGUCAACGUCACUUUGUACUACGAGGCCCUGUGCAUGGGCUGCCGUGGGUUCCUGGUGCGCGACCUCUUUCCUACCUGGCUGCUGGUGCUGGAAAUCCUAAACGUCACGCUGGUGCCCUACGGGAAUGCUGUGGAGCACAGCGUCAAUGGGACAUGGGUGUUCAAGUGCCAGCACGGGGAACGGGAGUGCAUGCUCAACAAGAUGGAGGCCUGCGUGCUGGACCAGCUCGAGCAGAAUGCUGCCUUCAUGACCAUUGUCUGCCUGGAGGAACUGGAAGACAUGGAGAAAAACCUGGCCCCGUGUCUUCAGCUUUAUGCACCCGAUGUGUCGGUGGACAGCAUCAUGGCGUGCACCUCCGGGGCACGUGGGACGCAGCUCCUGCACCACAAUGCACAGCUCACAGACGCCCUGCAGCCACCUCAUGAAUAUGUGCCCUGGGUCCUGGUGAACGGGAAGCCUUUGAAAGAGCAGAGUCAGCUCCUGAGUCUGGUCUGCCAGCUGUACCAGGGCCAGGAGAAGCCGGAUGUGUGCCCAUCCGAGGGCAGCACUACCAGGGAAGUCUGCUUCAGAUGACGGCAGGGCCUGUGGGAGCCACGGAGGAGGAGCAGCCCUGCCUGCCUCCUCCUAGCAGUAGCCCACCCUGUGACGAGCCGCGCACGCACACCCUACACCCCUCCUGAGCUCCAGAUCAUGCCUCGAGGACAGUGGUGCUAAAUGAAAGCUCAUUUGAUAAAUAAUAAACCAUUUUGGCUGUUG